AUGGAAUCAGAAUCAUAUUCAAACACUAGUAGCUGCGAGGAAACCAUGAACAGCGAAAAAUCUGAAACAUUGACAGAGACCACUCUGACUGAUCAUCACCAAGGCAACGACUUUUCCUCACCGGCGUCACAGCUCCGGGAAGCUACUUCAGCGGACUGGUCUCUCAUUGGCUCUUUAGCUACGUUAGUGAUCAAGUCCAUCGAGUUUCAAGUAAGUUUGAUGCUUAGCUUCAUAAAGUUCCCACCUUGGUUGCUUCACAUCUGCUUGAGCUUCGUUUUGGAUCCGUACCGUACAAUGAGACGUGGCAGACGCUACUUGCUAUCGAAGGUUGUGCAUGAUAAGCUCGUGUUGGAAGCUGUGCGUAAGUUAGCAUGGGGUCUGUUACGGGCUUUUUAUCUAGGAAUCGUUUUGUUUGCCAUGUUGGUCUCUGCGUUUAUGAUUAGUGGCUUUGUGAUAACUCUUUUGACUCAUGAACCGCUUGUGGUUAAAGAGAGUUUGAGCUUUGAUUACACCAAGAAUAGUCCAGAAGCAUAUGUGGCUGUUACCCGAGUUAACACUCCGAAUCACAGGACAGAGAUCAGUGUCUCAAUGACGUUACCUGAGUCUGAGUACAACAGAAACCUCGGGAUGUUUCAGGUUCGUGUGGAUUUCUUAUCAGAGAACGGUCAAGUGCUUGCCACUUCGAGACGGCCUUGUAUGUUGAGGUUUAGAACCGAGCCUAUCCGUCUUGUUCAGACUUUCUUAAAGAUAGCUCCUCUUGUCUCUGGCUAUGUGUCUGAAACACAAACCUUGAAGUUGAAGCUCAAAGGCUUUGCUGAAAAGGACAUUGUUGGUACUGCUUGCAUGAAGGUUAUGAUUGAACAGCGUGCGGAGUUUCGUGGUGGGGCCGGUAUUCCAGAGAUUUAUGAAGCGUCUCUGUUGCUUGAAUCUGAACUUCCGUUCUUGAGAAGGAUUGUAUGGAACUGGAGGAGGACUUUGUUUGUGUGGAUAAGCAUGAGUUUGUUUGUUAUGGAACUGGUUUUCGCCUUUGUUUUCUUUAGAUGUCUGAUCAUACCAAGAACGGGUCAGAGGACAAAACUAAGUGAUGGAAUACAUUCCAUUAACAUUAUUUCAAAUCUGGAUGGUUCAGGCGGGAAGUAG